UUUCCGAAGCUGAAUGACGGAAGAGUUUCAGUCGCAGUUGUUUUAUAGAGAGAGAAAGAGAGAGAGAGAGAGAGAGAGAGAGAGAGAGAGAGAGAGAGUUUGUUAGUUUUGUCAGUGUGUUGAUUGUUUCAGGGGUAAAUCAUGGAGAAACUCGGAUUAAUUUGCGGAUUGAUGAUGUUUGUUGUGAGCAGCGACGCCAUUAUCAGGAUUCCUCUGAAGCGGAUGCGCUCUGUACGCCGCACGCUGGUCGACAGCGUUCUCACCCAGGACCAGGUGAAAUCGUGGACUGAGGAAGGCACUGAUGUGGCCUGGAGUGAGGAUGCUCCUCAGCUUCCUGUGGAGAAACUCUCAAACUUCAUGGAUUCUCAGUAUUUCGGCUUGAUCAGCAUCGGGACGCCGCCCCAGGACUUCACCGUCCUGUUCGACACCGGUUCCUCCAACCUGUGGGUUCCCUCCAUCCACUGCUCCUUCCUCGACCUCGCCUGCUGGCUUCACCGGCGUUAUAACUCGCAGAAGUCGAGUACGUAUGUACAGAAUGGUACCAGUUUCUCCAUCCAAUAUGGCAGAGGAAGUCUGACGGGUUUCUUCAGCCAGGACACGGUCACCCUGGCAGGUCUGGGCGUAAAGGACCAGUUGUUUGCCGAGGCGGUGAAACAGCCGGGUGUGGUGUUCGCGGCGGCGAGGUUCGACGGCGUGCUCGGCAUGGCUUAUCCCGUCCUGUCAGUGGGAGGAGUCCGACCUGUGUUCGACUCCAUCAUGGCGGGAAAACUCCUGCAGCAGAACAUCUUCUCCUUCUACAUUAACAGGGACCCUAAAGCGGAGAUCGGAGGCGAGUUGAUGCUCGGUGGUUUUGAUCAACAGUAUUUUGAAGGAGAUCUUCACUACCUGAACAUCACCCGUAAAGCGUACUGGCAGAUCAAGAUGGACACAGUGGAGGUGGGAGAAACACUGAGGUUGUGUAAGGAUGGUUGCCAGGCGAUAGUUGACACGGGAACAUCGAUGAUCACGGGGCCGGUGCAGGAGAUUCGAGCUCUGAACAAAGCCAUUGGGGCCAUUCCUCUAAUCAUGGGGAGUAUUGGAUUAACUGCAAUAAAAUCCCCUCGCUGCCGGUGGUUUCCUUCAACCUGGGAGGGAAACUGUUCAACCUGACCGGACACGACUACGUCUAUAAGAACACACUGUUUGGUGUGACUAUGUGUCUGUCUGGUUUCAUGGCCAUGGACAUUCCGCCCCCUGCUGGUCCUCUCUGGAUCCUGGGUGAUGUGUUUAUCGGGCGUUUUUACACUGUUUUUAACCGAGACAGUGACCA